UAGUUGGGAGUGUUUGUUUCCGAAUUAAGUGCUUGCUAGUGAAGUCGAACAAAUUAGAGCAAUAGCAUUCAAGAAUAAUGACCUCUGCUAAAAGACCAUAUCCCUCACAAGAUAGGGAUAGCAGUGUUGAUGAGGCCACUGCCCCAGCCUUCAAAAUGGCCCUGCGAUCCGUAUCCGAACGCAAAAAAUGCAAUGAUUUUGACACAAAUAAUCUUACGCCUCUACCUGCUAUCUAUCUGGAGACUGAUCCCGUAUGUGGCAACCACCAACUGUUAAGUUUCGAGGCACGCAGUCGCAACUUCAACAAGGAGCAACACGUGAUAGCUUUGGAUUAUGAUGUACGUGGAAAGGGCGUGUUUUUGGGAAAACAUUCGGAUUUGUUGACGAAAUAUAAAUUCCCGGUAACUUCCGACAAUCGACGCGAGGUGCUCGUGUGUCACGACAUGGUCAAUCAGAACGAUUGCUCCAAGAAAUAUAGCGACGAUUAUCGCUUCGUUCAUUGGGCAGUCAUUGAUUACUUUUGUUAUUUUGGACCCAACUAUGUGAACGUUCCACCGCCUGGCUGGAUAAAUGCGGCCCAUCGUCAUGGAGUCCCCAUCUUCGGAACUUUUAUUGCGCGCCACAGCGAACUCAUGGAGGAGGCGCUGAGUAAGGUGGAUGUCAUUGUGGACGCUUUGGUUAAUUUAUGCAAGAACUUUGGCUUCGAAGGAUGGCUUAUUAAUGUGGGGUGUAUAGUACAACCCAAGAGGGUGGAGAAGCUGCUCUGCUUUCUGCGUCAGCUGCGCGUGGCCAUCAAAAGGGAGAUUCCACAUGGCCGCAUCUUCUGGUACGACAGUGUCACCAACAAUGGCGAAUUCUCGUUGCAGAAUGAGCUGAACAAGCGAAACAUUACCUUCCACCGCUGCACGGGCAGCACGCUCAUCCAUUAUGACUGGAAUGAUGCCAGUCUGGAGACCACCGCUGCAACACUGCAACGUGAGCGUACGACCAUGGUUAGCGCCUUCUUCAGCUUUGAUAUUAAUGGCCAGCUUCCGAUGGGACGCAUUCGGAAUCCCGCCGAGCUAAUGGAGCUCAUCGAAGACGGCUGUUUUUCGACGGCCAUCGUCGCGCCCAAUUGGAGCUUUCAGCUUUCACAAGGUGGAGACAAUGGCAAUGGAAGUGGUUGUGAGUCCGCCGCAUUCCUUAAACACAACGAUCACUGCUGGUGGCGCCUGUGGGAAUAUCUGGGUACACGUCCAUAUUGCAAGAUGCCCUUCUACACGAACUUUUGUGUGGGCUCCGGACGCGUAUCUUACCAGCAUGGUUUCAAGUUACUAAAUUCGAGAGGAUCCUCCAAUUUGAACGUGCAAUCGCUGCAGCCAUCGGUUCCGUUAAGUGGAAAUGCGGAGUAUUGUUUUAAAGAGGUCUUUGCCGGCGGAAAUUCCUUGCGUAUCACGAACUACGAUCAUGCUUUUAGGCUCUUCCUUACGGAAUUUUGCUUACCACAGGGCGUGAUGGUACUGGGUUAUGCCUAUAAAGCUCCAGAUGGCGCCACUUUGGAUGUCAUCAUGCGUUUCUGUGCGUCCAGGGGGCAUGAUAGGGACUUAUAUCUUUUCUGUGGCAACUAUACUCAACACACCAUAGCCGGUGGACGUUGCAACAUCGCGCCUUUGAGUGUGGCACGUGCCAGGAAAUUUGAACAUUCUGAGAUACCGGGAGUUGAGAGCGCUGUGGCGAACGGAUGGCGUACACGUUACUUUCUGGUGCAGUUUGAUGGAUCGAUGAUUCUCAAGGAAAUAGGAGUGAAGUGCUGUCGUACGAUGCCAGACAAGGCUGAUACAAUUUUGGGGGCCAUUUAUUUGCAAAGCUUCGACUUGCUUGUCACAAAGGGUGUGGAGGGGAAGGCCAAUGUCAAGGCAUAUAAGGAUCAAUUGUGGACUCACACAGAUGCAUGA